ACCAAGGCAACAUUUUACCCAGCAUUCAACGGGUUUGUGAAUGGGAUAAUGCUGCAAGAUGGCGACAAUUGCAACUGCUACAAACUUACCAUCUUUUGAUUGUCCAACAUGGGCAGGCAAGCCCCCUCCAGGACUCCAUUUGGACGUGAUGAAAGGUGACAAAAUGGUCGAGAAACUGAUCAUUGAUGAGAAAAAGUACUACUUAUUCGGGAGGAACCCGGACAUGUGUGACUUCACCAUCGACCACCAGUCAUGUUCACGCGUGCAUGCUGCCCUGGUCUACCACAAGCACCUGAAGAGGGUGUUCCUUAUUGAUAACAACAGCACGCAUGGUACCUUCCUGGGACACAUCCGCCUGGAGCCCAAUAAGCCUCAGCAGGUCCCCAUAGACUCCACCAUGUCGUUUGGGGCGUCCACGCGAGCCUACACCAUCCGGGAGAAACCUCAGAGCCAGCAAGGAACCAAUGCCGCCACAGGGGACAGCAAGGCCGGAGAGGACGAGGAGGGGUCUAAGGGCCUCUUAGGAUUACCAGAGGAGGAGACCGAAUUAGAGAACCUGACAGAGUUCAACACGGCCCACAACAAGCGCAUCUCCACCCUGACCAUCGAGGAGGGCAACCUAGAGAUCCAGAGACCCAAGAGGAAGAGGCGGAACUCCAGAGUCACCUUCAACGAGGACGAUGAGGUCAUCAACCCGGAGGACAUUGAUCCCUCAGUGGGGCGCUUCAGGAACAUGGUGCAGACUGCUGUCGUCCCUAUAAAGAAACAGAAAAUGGAGAGGCACGGCUCACUUAGUAUGGACGACGUUGUGACGAGGCGCAUCCACAACUACACCUUCGGCGGAGGCCUUUACGGGGACCUGCCACCCACCAGCCACGAGGGCCACCACGCCGGGGCCCCGAGCGGAGCCACUAUCCUGGGGGGUCUCCCUCUGCCCUUCCCCAACCCGGCCCCAGAGGUGAACCUGGCCCCGGACGCCCCCCAGCCACCUGUCACCCUCAACCCUGUCCCCGUUACAGGCCCCUAUCCCUCCGAGGUCCUCAACGAGCCCCGCAAGAAAAAGUACGCUAAAGAGGCAUGGCCAGGCAAGAAGCCCACCCCCUCCCUACUAAUCUAACCCUCUCCCUACACUACGGCUCUUUCUCGAUUCGUCUUUCCUCUGUUCUUUACCUCCUCUCUCAUGCAUUGUAGAAGAUCCAAGGUCUCUCCUCUUGGACCUUCUCCAACGUAUUUUGAGGCGAGGAGAGAGGACAUGAGAAAUCCAGGAAAGCCGAAUUGGGAAAGAGCCUAUGUGGUGGAGGCAGGGCUGACUCUCAGGGUAUGGGCGGAGACAUCAGGGACCAUGACCCGUUGGAGGCGGAUUGAUUUUUCUUAAGACUGUUUUGUCAAUGUUUUCUACGUUACUUCCUCGUUCUCCUAAAGAUUAUCCGAAAGUCUUCAGUAGUACAUUCCAUGAAGACAGGAACACCACUCCUUCGGGAGAUGAAUGUUUGAUGUGUUUUACAAAUGAAGUCAUGUAAAAAAAGGCAGUACUUGGCAGACCAAGUCAGUUGGUCAGAUAAGAGUAACUUGUGGCAUAAAUCAGUGUCCCGUGGCCGUGAUAUUUGACCUCUAAUUGAUAGUCAGGCAUCGUGCAGGGAAACAAACACGAAGCGAAUGUAACUUAGGAAAACAGCCCUUAUGUUGGAAACAAACAUCAUUAUGUUCUCAUCCAGAUUCACAUGGAUUUAUUUUCCAUGCUACAGCACCCAAUAUUACAGCAGGUUUUUAAAGGACCUGCUCCGUGUUGCCAUUUUUGCUAUGGGAAAAACAUUGCGAUACUGGUAUCACAGCCUAAUCGUUAUAUGGUUGGUCACUGUGAGUUCCAUAUUACGAUCUCCACUUCCUUCUUUAAGGUCUUGAUAUUUGUUUGAAGUCUAUCUUUGGACAUAGUAUUUUUGCUCACUGUAAACAUGCAUAUACAGUGCAUUCGGAAAGUAUUCAGACCCCUUGAUUUUUUUCCCCCACAUUUUGUUACUUAACAGCCUUAUUCUAAAAUGGGUGCAAUUUUUUUAUUUUUUUAUCCAUCUGCACACAAUACUCCACGUCGAAGCAAAAACAGUGUUUUAGACAUUUUAGCAAGUUAUUAAAAAUAGAAUGCUGAAAUAUCACAUUUACAUAAUCGCACCUUUGGCAGCGAUUACAGCCUCGAGUCUUCUUGGGUAUGGCGCU